AAAACACAUUCAACGCAUCGCCAACGCCGCCACAUCGGAGUGGCAACGCUGCACGUACCAACUACUUCAGUGUUUCUUUCAUCUCCAUCGUUUGUGAAACGUGCUCUGUCGUUCUGACGAAAUCUUGUUACGAGAGCGGUAUUACUGCUGCUGUUUUACUUAAAAAUCAGUGUCCCGUGUAAAAUUAAAAAGUAAAAACAAGAAUGUUGCGCGUACCAAAGUUUUUGCCUCGCCUUGCACGCCACGCCGCUGUUGCUCCAGCGAAUUAUUCGGCAGUUUCUAGCAUAUUCCGCAACAAUCUACCUGCUGCUGGCAAUGGGUUAUCUGGUCAACUGCGUUAUAAAUCGGGUGAGGUUAAAGGCGCUGUUAUCGGUAUUGAUUUGGGUACAACCAAUUCCUGUCUCGCUGUAAUGGAAGGCAAGCAGGCUAAGGUCAUUGAAAAUGCGGAGGGUGCGCGUACUACACCCUCUCACGUGGCUUUUUCUAAGGAUGGUGAACGUUUGGUUGGCAUGCCAGCUAAGCGCCAGGCAGUUACCAAUUCGGCCAACACCUUCUAUGCCACAAAACGUUUAAUCGGCAGAAGAUUCGACGAUCCGGAGGUGAAGAAGGACAUCACAAAUUUGUCAUACAAAGUUGUUAAGGCAUCAAACGGCGACGCUUGGGUUUCGUCUACCGAUGGCAAAGUAUACUCUCCCUCUCAGAUCGGAGCUUUUAUAUUGAUGAAAAUGAAGGAAACGGCUGAGGCGUAUCUUAAUACGCCCGUUAAGAACGCAGUAGUGACUGUGCCUGCUUACUUCAACGAUUCACAACGACAGGCAACAAAGGAUGCUGGUCAAAUUGCUGGUUUGAAUGUGUUGCGUGUUAUUAAUGAACCCACAGCGGCGGCGUUGGCCUAUGGUAUGGAUAAAACCGAGGACAAAAUUAUUGCGGUAUACGAUUUGGGAGGCGGUACUUUUGAUAUUUCGAUUCUGGAAAUCCAGAAGGGCGUUUUUGAAGUGAAGUCGACCAACGGCGAUACACUAUUAGGUGGUGAGGACUUUGAUAAUGCAAUUGUGAACUUCCUGGUCGCCGAGUUCAAGAAAGAUAGUGGCAUUGAUAUUCGCAAAGACAACAUUGCUAUGCAGCGUUUGAAGGAGGCUGCCGAAAAGGCCAAGUGCGAGCUAUCCUCUUCCCAACAGACCGAUAUUAAUCUACCAUAUCUAACAAUGGAUGCUGCUGGACCACAGCAUAUGAAUCUGAAAAUGACACGCGCAAAGCUAGAAAGUCUUGUCGGCGACCUAAUCAAGCGCACUAUUCAGCCCUGUCAAAAAGCUUUAUCAGAUGCUGAAGUAUCCAAAUCUGAUAUUGGCGAAGUUUUGCUCGUCGGCGGUAUGACCCGCAUGCCAAAAGUGCAAUCUACUGUGCAGGAGCUGUUUGGACGCCAGCCGUCCCGUUCGGUGAAUCCCGAUGAGGCUGUAGCUGUCGGUGCUGCUGUGCAGGGCGGUGUCCUUGCAGGCGAUGUCACUGAUGUGCUGCUGCUCGAUGUUACACCUCUGUCUCUGGGUAUUGAAACCCUUGGUGGCGUGUUCACAAGAUUAAUAUCGCGUAACACCACCAUUCCCACCAAAAAGUCGCAGGUGUUCUCGACAGCUAGUGAUGGCCAGACUCAAGUCGAAAUUAAAGUACAUCAAGGUGAGCGUGAAAUGGCUAACGAUAACAAGCUUCUUGGAGCUUUCACAUUGGUCGGCAUCCCACCUGCGCCUCGCGGUGUUCCACAAAUCGAAGUUGUCUUCGACAUUGACGCGAACGGCAUAGUCCAUGUUUCGGCGAAGGAUAAGGGCACCGGCAAGGAGCAACAGAUUGUUAUUCAGUCGAGUGGUGGCCUGAGCAAGGAUGAAAUUGAGAAUAUGAUCAAGAAGGCUGAGGAAUAUGCUAGCGCUGAUAAGAAGAAGCGUGAACUAAUUGAACUUGUUAAUCAGGGUGAAAGCAUAGUUCACGAUACUGAGACCAAAAUGGAGGAAUUCAAGAGCCAGUUGCCUGCCGAGGAGUGUGACAAGUUGAAGAAGGAAAUUGCUGACUUGCGCACAUUGCUGGCCAACAAGGAGACCGCCGAGCCUGAGGAAGUUAGAAAGGCAACUACCCAAUUGCAACAAUCGUCUUUGAAGCUUUUCGAGAUGGCGUACAAAAAGAUGUCCGCUGAGCGCGAGAGCAGCGGCAGCUCGAGUGGUGGAAGCAGUUCCAGCGAUACUUCGGGCGAAGCUAAGAAGGAAGAGAAGAACUAAAUUAGGCAACCAUAGUCAUAGUUGUUGUUUCCUUAUUUAAUAAUAAUCACAUUUGGAUUUCUAUUAAGUUCUACGUUAAACAAAAA